UAUUUUAUUAGAAAGUCCAGGGCUUCACUCCGUCAAAAGCCCAAUCUAAAAUAGAAACGACGACGUUUCAAGGUGCCAGAGAAAAUUACUUGUGGUGGGAGGAAAACCCCAAAUAAAGAAGAGCAGGGGGAAUGGUGAGAGGGACUGGAUUCAAGGGUUUUUGAGCCGUUAAGUGAAAGCCUCCUCCUCUCUCUCUCCCUUUCCUUUGCUUGGUGAGCAUAUACAUAGUUAGGGUUUUUUUUUCACUCUUUCUGGGAGAAGAAUAAGAAGAAGAAGAAGAAGAAGAAGAAUGGAGGGGAUAACCGAGGGAGUGAACAACUUGAACAUCACGGAUUCAUCAGCCUCCAACAACAAGAAGAACCGUAUCCAAGUCUCCAAUACCAAAAAACCCCUCUUCUUCUACGUCAAUCUCGCCAAGAGAUACAUGCAGCAAUACAAUGAGGUGGAACUCUCUGCUCUUGGAAUGGCUAUUGCUACAGUCGUUACCAUUGCUGAGAUAUUGAAGAACAAUGGGCUGGUUGUUGAGAAAAAAAUCACAACUUCUACCAUUGACAUGAGAGAGGAAUCAAGGGGACGACCUGUUCAAAAAGUAAAAAUUGAAAUACUGCUGGGGAAGUCAGAGAAGUUCGAUGAGUUGAUGGCUGCUGCAGCUGCUGAGGAAGUCGUGGACAAUGAGGAGCAGAGUUAAGAUGAGAUGUUCCCAUAAUUUUAGCUUGUGUUUACUUAAUUGUUGAGAUUUUUAACGGUUCUAUUCUUGUUUGGCUGUGUGGAGUGAAGCUUACUAGCU